GCUCAAAUCAUCAUCACUUAUAUCAAACAUUUUGUUAAGCAUUUUCUUUGCACCUGGAAAAUGAUCUUCGGUCGUUCCCCUCCCAAAUGGUCAGCUCAAUUCUGUGGUUGUGGAGAAGACCUCAAAACAUGUAUCAUAACUUGUUGUCUACCGUGUGUCACCUUUGGCCAAAUUGCAGAAGUUGUAGAUGAAGGGCGUAGUUCUUGCGUUGCGCAAGGUUGUGUCUAUGGGUUACUCAUGUGCAUCACCUGUCACUGGCUCUACUCGUGCCUUUACAGAGAGAAACUGAGGAAAAAAUUUGGGUUACCUGCUGAACCUUGUUGUGAUUGCUGUGUUCAUUUCUGCUGCGAUGCAUGUGCCUUAUGCCAAGAACAUGCUGAGCUUAAAGCAAGAGGCCUUGACCCUUCCAAAGGUUGGAUUGGGCCACCAAAUGCUCCACCGCGAAUGCCUCCCUCCAUGUUUCGAUAAUCUAUCCAUCUACUGGUUACCAAAACAAAAACCAUCCAUCAUACUCCUCCAAUUCAGCAAUAAUGAAUUUCUGUAAUCUUAUUAAUUGUCUCUUUUUCUACUUUGCAACUAUUAGAGCUAGCUACCAUGUGGUAGCACAAAUGGCAGAGUAAGGUGCAUCAUGGUUGUUUCAUAAUAAACUUUAAAUUGAUCAAUAGCUAAUUUUUAGCUAUCGCUAAGCUAUGGUUUUAAUCUC